CGCGGUUCCAACCCGACGAGGGAGGGGAAGAGACGAAGAGUGAAGAGACACGAAUCCGGAUAGAGCGCCGCCGCCGCCCCCAGCCCCGCCCCGCCCCGUCUGGCGACGAGGACCCCGUUCCGGCGCCGCCACAGCGCCGGACCGAGAGAAAGGCAGGUAGGGAGGAACUGAGGAAACAUGACGACGAUCCGGCGGUUCUGCUGCGAGGACCUCCUCCGCUUCGCCUCCGUCAACCUCGACCACCUCACCGAGACGUUCAACAUGUCGUUCUACAUGACGUACCUGGCGCGCUGGCCCGACUACUUCCACGCCGCCGUAAGCCCUGGCGGCCGCGUCAUGGGUUACAUCAUGGGUAAAGUUGAAGGGCAAGGUGAGUCUUGGCAUGGACACGUCACGGCAGUGUCUGUUGCCUCAGAAUUUCGGAGGCAGAAAUUAGCCAAGAAGCUCAUGAACUUGCUGGAGGAAAUCAGCGAUAAAAUGGAUAAGGCCUACUUUGUGGAUCUCUUUGUAAGGGCAUCUAACAUGCCAGCUAUAAGGAUGUAUGAAAAGCUUGGUUAUGUGGUUUAUCGGAGGGUGCUUCGAUAUUACUCAGGGGAAGAAGAUGGCCUUGAUAUGAGAAAAGCAUUAUCACAAGAUGUCGAGAAGAAGUCCAUCAUACCACUCAAGAGGCCAAUCACACCUGAUGAACUUGAAUAUGAUUGAUGUUAAAAGUCUGGAAAGUACAGAGUGAUGUUUGUUGCUUACCUGAACAACAUGGAUGGGGAAUUUAACAAGCUUUGAAAUGGUCUAGUGGCAUCAUUGAGUAGGGAUUACUUGUACUGUUGUGUUUUUCGCACCAGUUAGGCCCCAUGGGGUUUUCAAGGUGAAUUAAGUGGCAUUCAGUGUUUGAAUAGCGAGAACCGAUAACUGUGAUGGAAUGGAAUCAAACUGCUUUGUUUUGAAGUCACACCAGCCAAA